AUGAAUCAAGCUGUUGAUGCUGCUGCUGAACAAGUCAUCAAUGACAUCGCUAAACAAGUUGUAAAUGAUGUAGCUGGUGAAGCUACUGAAAUUGCUGAAGAAUUAUUGGUAUCAGCUACUUCUGAUAAGUUUAUGGAUUUAGUUAACAAUUUAUCUUAUAUUAACUUGCACUAUCCAUCAAUUCAACAUCCUUUUGGUUUAGAAUUAUGGCCAAUUUUUUCAAAAAUCUUUGAAAAUAUCACUGGUUAUCCUGCUGAAGAAUUCAAAUUCAUUUAUAAUAAGACUUUUAUGGCAAAUGGUUAUCAUGCUAUCGGUGUAAUUAUUAUUUAUUAUACUAUCAUUUUUGGUGGUCAAGCUUUAUUACGUGCCACCAAUGCUUCUCCAAGAAGAUUAUCUUUCUUCUUCCAAUUGCAUAAUUUAUUCUUAACCUCAGCUUCUUUGAUUUUGUUAUUAUUAUUAGUUGAACAAUUGGUACCAAUGGUUUAUGAACAUGGUUUAUUCUGGGCUAUUUGUUCAGAACAGGCUUUUGCUCCAAAAUUAAUCGUUUUGUAUUAUUUAAAUUAUUUGACUAAAUUCUGGGAAUUAAUUGACACUUUAUUCUUAAUCUUAAAGAGAAAGAAUUUAUUGUUCUUACAUGUUUAUCAUCAUGGUGCUACUGCUCUAUUAUGUUACACUCAAUUGAUGGGUGAAACCUCCGUUGAAUGGGUUCCAAUCACCUUGAAUUUGGCUGUCCAUGUUGUCAUGUACUGGUACUACUUCUUAAGUGCUCGUGGUAUUAGAGUUUGGUGGAAGGAAUGGGUUACAAGAUUCCAAAUCAUCCAAUUUUUGAUCGACUUAGUCUUCGUUUACUUCGCUACUUACACCUUCUACGCUCAUAAAUACUUUGAAGGUAUUUUGCCAAACAUGGGUACUUGUUACGGUACUCAAGAUGCUGCUGCAUACGGUUACAUGAUCUUAACCUCAUAUUUGUUCUUAUUCAUUUCAUUCUACAUCCAAUCUUACAGAAAGGGUGGUGCUAAGAAAUCUGAAAAAGCUGCUCCAGUUGAAUCCACUAAGUCUUCUGGUAAGUCUUCUGGUUCUAAGAAAAACGUUACUAAGGUCUCUUCCAGAAAAGCUUAG